CUUAUUCAUUCUCGAUAGUUCGUCUCAGCAAAUACCAAUUUGUCAGUUAUGUUGAUUAUUCCCGAAUCCACGGAUCAGUUCCAAUUGCACAGACUCGAUAGGCAUAACACCUUCUAUAUAAGGUGGAAGAAAAUGGUGGAGCAUUCGAAAAGUAGAAAAUUAGAAGUAACUGAUGUUUAUCAUGUAAGAAAUUCAAAUUCUGUGGCCAUGUACAAAGAGGCAAGGAAGAGUAAAAGAAGUCUUUAUCCCAACUUUAAGGAAGAACUCUUACUUCAUGGAACCCAACUACAGAAUGUGGAAUCAAUUUGCACCCAUAAUCUGGAUCCAAGCUUCUGUGUUAGCAGGCAGUAUGGCGACGUUGUCUAUCUAACUUCUAGUUCUGCACAUGCAUCGAGUUUUCCAUCGCCAAUAGUACCAGAUACUCAUCGUAUCAUGUUCGGAUGUAAGGUAUUGAUUGGUAAUCCUCUCGACAUCGACCGAACACCUAAAGAACGUUGGCAAGCUAUCCCCAGUGAUUGUGACACAAAAGUCAAGCAAUUCGUUGGCGAUAAUGGUGUAGUGAAUUUCGAAAAUGGUAUUGUUGCUAAAUGGCAAAUGGAAGAUAUCUUGGCAGAAUUUUUGAUCGUCUACAAAGUGAUACAAUAGAACCUGAUAUGUAUAAAUGACACUUUUUGUUUGUAGUAUGUGUAUGCAGGACAAUAAAUAUUUUUAUGAAUGUUUA